AUGGGUACCACGAUGGCUCCACCACCACAACAGCCACCACCACAACAGCCACCACCACAACAGCCACCACCACAACAGCCACCACCACAACAACCACCACCACAACAACCAUCACCACAACAGCCACCACCACAACAACCACCACCACUACCAUCAUCACCACAACAACCACCACCACUACCAUCAUCACCACAACAACCACCACCACAACAACCACCACCACAACAGCCACCACCACAACAGCCACCACCACAACAACCACCACCACAACAACCAUCACCACAACAGCCACCACCACAACAACCACCACCACUACCAUCAUCACCACAACAACCACCACCACUACCAUCAUCACCACAACAACCACCACCACAACAACCACCACCACAACAGCCACCACCACAACAGCCACCACCACAACAACCACCACCACAACAACCAUCACCACAACAGCCACCACCACAACAACCACCACCACUACCAUCAUCACCACAACAACCACCACCACUACCAUCAUCACCACAACAACCACCACCACUACCAUCAUCACCACAACAACCACCACCACUACCAUCAUCACCACUACCAUCAUCACCAACCACGCCACCACAAACACUUGUAUUUUAC